AUGGCGAGCGGGACCGGGGACGUUCGGAAGCUCUUCAUCUUCACUACUACCCAGAAUUACUUCGGGUUGAUGUCGGAACCCUGGGACCAGCCACUGCUGUACAACUGUCUUGAAAUCAACAACUUCUUGGACGAUGGCAACCAGAUGCUGCUCAGGGUGCAGCAGUCCGACGCCGGAAUCUCCUUUUCCAACACGGAUCAGGAAUGGAGCAGAAACUUUGAUCCCAAACUUCAGAACCUUUUGAGUGAACUAGAAGCUGGCUUGGGUAUAGUUCUACGGAGAUCAGACACUAACUUAUCAAAAUUGAAAUUUAAGGAAGACGACACACGAGGUAUUCUUACGCCAAGUGAUGAGUUCCAGUUUUGGAUAGAACAAGCUCAUCGUGGAAAUAAACAGAUUAGUAAAGAAAGAGCCAGCUAUUUUAAAGAAUUAUUUGAAACAAUUGCAAGAUGGGAAGAUCCUUAUUAUCUUGUGAAGGAAAAUCUGAAAGCCGGUAUUUCAAUUUGUGAACAGUGGGUGAUAGUGUGUAAUCAUCUAACAGGUCAGGUGUGGCAGCGCUAUGUUCCUCAUCCAUGGAAAAAUGAAAAAUAUUUCCCAGAAACACUUGACAAACUUGGCAAACGCCUUGAAGAGAUAAGCAAAGAAUUGAUGUUGGAAAGAGAAACUUUAUUGGCAAGACUUAUAGACUCAGUUAAAGAUUUUCGAUUAGACUUUGAGAAUCGGUGCCGAGGAACUCCUGGUGAUGCAUCUGGACCACUUGCUGGCAAAAAUCUUUCAGAAGUUGUUAAUAAUAUAGUUUGGGUUCGCCAGUUGGAAUUUAUUGAGGCUAAUAGUCGAAUUAUGGAAUUGGAUCCCAAUGAUGGAUCAUUAAAAGUGCAUUAUUCAGAUCGCUUGGUGAUUCUUCUGAGAGAAGUUCGUCAGCUUUCUGCACUUGGCUUUGUUAUUCCUGCCAAAAUACAGCAAGUUGCAAACAUUGCACAGAAAUUCUGCAAGCAAGCAAUUAUUCUUAAACAGGUGGCACAUUUUUAUAAUUCUAUUGAUCAACAAAUGAUUCAAAGUCAGAGGCCAAUGAUGUUACAAUCUGCCUUAGCAUUUGAACAGAUAAUUAAGCAUUCAAAAGCCGGAACUGGAGGAAAAUCACAAAUUACUUGGGAUAAUCCUAAAGAAUUAGAAUGUUACAUCCAAAAACUCCAAAAUGCUGCUGAACGACUUGCCACUGAAAAUAGAAAACUGAGAAAAUGGCACAUGACAUUUUGUGAAAAGGUGGUUAUUCUUAUGAAUAUUGAUCUGCUUCGGCAGCAACAACGUUGGAAAGAUGGACUACAAGAAUUGAGAACUGGCUUAGCAAGUGUAGAAGCACAGGGAUUCCAAGCAAGUGACAUGCAUGCAUGGAAACAGCACUGGAAUCAUCAGCUGUACAAAGCUCUGGAGCAUCAGUAUCAGAUGGGCUUAGAAGCACUUAAUGAGAACCUGCCAGAAAUAAAUAUAGACUUAACUUACAAACAGGGACGGUUACAAUUCAGGCCUCCUUUUGAAGAAAUCCGGGCUAAAUAUUAUAGAGAAAUGAAGAGAUUCAUCAGCAUUCCAAAUCAGUUUAAGGGAGUGGGUGAGGCAGGAGAUGAAUCUAUUUUUUCUAUUAUGAUUGAUAGAAAUGCAAAUGGAUUUCUGACUAUUUUCAGCAAAGCAGAAGAUCUGUUUAGAAGAUUGUCAGCUGUUUUACAUCAACAUAAGGAAUGGAUUGUAAUUGGGCAAGUUGAUAUGGAAGCUCUAAUAGAAAAGCAUCUUUUUACUGUACAUGAUUGGGAGAAAAAUUUUAAAGCACUGAAAAUAAAAGGAAAAGAAGUAGAACGACUUCCAAGUGCUGUCAAGGUAGAUUGUUUAAAUAUUAAUUGCAGCCCUGUGAAGACUGUGAUUGAUGAUCUCAUCCAGAAGUUAUUUGAUAUGCUUGUUCUUUCUUUGAAGAAGUCCAUCCAGGCUCACUUACAUGAAAUUGAUACAUUUGUUACUGAGGCUAUGGAAGUCUUAACAAUUAUGCCCCAGUCUGUGGAAGAAAUAGGUCAUGCAAAUUUACAAUAUAGUAAGCUACAAGAACGGAAGCCAGAGAUUUUGCCCUUAUUUCAAGAAGCUGAAGAUAAAAACAAACUUUUACGAACUGUGGCUGGUGGAGGUUUAGAAACAAUUAGUAAUCUGAAAGCUAAGUGGGAUAAAUUUGAGUUGAUGAUGGAAAGUCACCAACUUAUGAUUAAAGAUCAGCUUUGUCUGGGAUCCAGUGAUGACUGCCAUCAUUUUGGACUAGAAGAGCCUAAUUUCUCUCUGGCAUACAGCAUCUCUAAAGACAUUGAGAGCUGUGCACAAAUUUGGGCCCUUUAUGAAGAAUUUCAGCAAGGAUUUCAAGAAAUGGCCAAUGAAGAUUGGAUUACUUUUCGGACUAAGACAUACCUGUUUGAGGAAUUUUUGAUGAAUUGGCAUGAUAGAUUAAGGAAGAUUGGAGAACAUUCAGUAAUGACAGUGAAAUUACAAUCAGAAGUUGACAAAUAUAAAACAGUAAUUCCUAUCUUGAAAUAUGUGAGAGGGGAACAUCUUUCUCCAGAUCACUGGCUGGACCUUUUUCGUCUACUUGGCCUUCCUAGGGGGACUAGUUUAGAGAAAUUGUUGUUUGGUGAUUUGCUCAGAGUAGCUGAUACAAUUGUAGCCAAAGCUGCAGACCUUAAAGAUUUAAAUAGUCGGGCACAAGGUGAAGUUACAAUCAGAGAAGCUUUACGUGAACUUGAUCUUUGGGGAGUUGGAGCAGUGUUUACAUUGAUUGAUUAUGAAGACAGCCAAAGUCGAACUAUUAAGCUGAUUAAAGACUGGAAAGAUAUAGUAAACCAGGUUGGAGAUAAUAGAUGCCUUCUUCAGUCCUUAAAGGAUUCUCCUUAUUAUAAAGGGUUUGAAGAUAAAGUGUCAAUUUGGGAAAGAAAACUUGCAGAGUUAGAUGAGUACCUACAGAAUUUAAAUCUUAUUCAGAGAAAGUGGGUAUAUUUGGAACCCAUUUUUGGCCGUGGAGCAUUACCAAAAGAACAGACACGCUUCAACAGAGUUGAUGAAGAUUUUAGGUCAAUAAUGAAUGACAUCAAGAAAGACAAUAGAGUCACAACAUUAACUACUCAUGCAGGCAUCAGAAAUUCUCUACUAACGAUACUUGAUCAACUUCAAAGAUGUCAGAAAUCAUUAAAUGAAUUUUUGGAGGAAAAACGCUCAGCAUUCCCAAGAUUUUAUUUUAUUGGUGAUGAUGACUUAUUAGAAAUACUGGGCCAGUCUACUAACCCAUCAGUGAUUCAGUCUCACCUUAAGAAGCUAUUUGCUGGCAUUAACAGUGUGUGCUUUGAUGAGGAAUCAAAACAUAUAACUGCAAUGAAAUCUUUAGAGGGAGAAGUUGUACCUUUUAAAAAUAAAAUUCUUCUAUCAAAUAAUGUAGAGGCUUGGUUGAAUGAUUUGGCCUUGGAAAUGAAGGAAACUUUGAAACAGUUGUUGAGGGAAUGUGUUACUGCUGGGCAAAGUUCUCAAGGUGCAAUUGACCCAUCUCUAUUCCCUUCACAGAUACUGUGCUUGGCAGAGCAGAUUAAAUUUACUGAAGAUGUAGAAAAUGCUAUUAAAGAUCAUAGUCUUCAUCAGAUUGAGACACAACUGGUGAACAAGUUAGAGCACUACACUAAUGUUGAUACGAGUUCUGAGGAUCCAGGGAAUACUGCUCAAGCCAUGAAGAUGGGACUUGGAGGAAAUCCUUAUGGACCUGCUGGAACUGGAAAAACUGAAUCAGUAAAGGCUUUAGGUGGACUUCUUGGAAGACAAGUUUUAGUUUUUAAUUGUGAUGAGGUAGAAAUAAAUUCUAAUUCUGGAAUUUUUAUCACUAUGAAUCCUGCUGGAAAAGGUUAUGGAGGAAGACAAAAACUGCCUGAUAAUCUUAAACAGCUUUUCAGGCCAGUAGCUAUGUCUCGUCCAGACAAUGAGCUUAUUGCAGAAGUUAUUCUGUAUUCAGAAGGCUUUAAAGAUGCGAAAGUAUUGGGCAGAAAAUUAGUAGCUAUUUUCAGUUUAUCUAGGGAACUUUUGACACCUCAACAACAUUAUGAUUGGGGUUUGAGAGCUUUGAAGACAGUUUUGAGAGGAAGUGGAAAUCUUCUUAGACAGAUGAAGAAAAAUGGCACUAAACAGAAUGAUGUCAGCUCGUGGAUUAUCUGUGAUGGUGAUAUUGACCCUGAGUGGAUAGAAUCUCUGAAUUCUGUCCUGGAUGAUAAUCGACUGCUUACUAUGCCCAGUGGAGAAAGGAUUCAGUUUGGCCCAAAUGUUAACUUUGUAUUUGAAACUCAUGAUUUAAGUUGUGCCUCUCCAGCCACAAUAUCUAGAAUGGGGAUGAUCUUUAUUAGUGAUGAAGAGACAGAUCUUAAUUCUUUGAUAAAAUCUUGGUUGAGGAAUCAGCCUGCUAAAUAUAGGAAUAAUCUUGAAAACUGGAUUGGAGAUUAUUUUGAAAAAGCUUUACAGUGGGUUCUAAAGCAGAAUGACUAUGUGGUAGAAACAAGUUUGGUUGGGACUGUGAUGAAUGGUUUGUCACAUCUACAUGGCUGCAAAGAUCAUGACCAAUUUAUUAUUAAUCUCAUAAGGGGACUUGGUGGAAAUCUGAACAUAAAAUCACGUUUGGAAUUCACCAAAGAGAUGUCAUACAUUUUUCACAGGAUGCUGCUGAGGUAUGCCUUUUCCCAACUCCGGUCCACUCAAAUUGCUACAGUUCAUUGUAGUGCGCAGACUACUUCUCGACAUCUCCUGCAGAAACUGAGCCAGACUUGCAUGGUGAUCAGUACUAAUACUGGUCGUGUGUACAGACCAAAAGACUGUGAAAGACUUGUUUUGUACUUAAAAGAUAUCAACCUACCCAAGCUUGAUAAAUGGGGGACCAGUACUUUGGUGGCUUUCCUACAACAAGUAUUGACAUAUCAAGGAUUUUAUGAUGAAAAUUUGGAAUGGGUUGGUCUGGAAAAUAUUCAAAUUGUGGCUUCUAUGUCAGCUGGAGGAAGACUGGGAAGACACAAGCUUACUACCAGAUUUACUUCUAUUGUUCGUCUUUGUGCUAUAGAUUACCCAGAAAGAGAGCAAUUACAAACAAUAUAUGGAGCCUAUUUGGAACCAGUUCUACAUAAAAAUCUGAAGAAUCAUUCUAUUUGGGGUUCUUCAUCAAAAAUUUAUCUCUUGGCAGGAUCUAUGGUACAAGUGUAUGAGCAGGUGCGGGCCAAAUUUACAGUUGAUGAUUAUAGUCACUAUUUCUUUACUCCUUGCAUUCUUACCCAGUGGGUUCUUGGCUUAUUCAGAUAUGAUUUAGAAGGAGGAUCCUCAAACCAUCCACUAGAUUAUGUAUUAGAAAUUGUAGCAUAUGAAGCACGGCGCUUAUUUCGUGACAAAAUUGUUGGUGCGAAGGAACUUCAUUUAUUUGACAACAUUUUAACAUCAGUGUUUCAAGGAGAUUGGGGCUCAGAUAUAUUAGACAAUAUGGCAGAUAGUUUCUAUGUUACAUGGGGAGCCCGACAUAAUUCAGGAGCAAGGACAGCCCCAGGGCAACCAUUACCUCCACAUGGAAAACCGCUUGGAAAACUAAACUCUGCAGAUCUCAAGGAUGUUAUUAAAAAGGGUCUGAUUCAUUAUGGACGAGACAACCAGAAUUUAGAUAUUUUACUUUUCCAAGAAGUCCUGGAAUAUAUGUCUAGGAUAGAUAGAGUGCUGAGUUUUCCUGGAGGUUCCCUUCUGUUAGCAGGACGCAGUGGUGUAGGCCGUCGGACCAUCACCUCUUUAGUCAGCCAUAUGCACAGUGCAGUGCUGUUUUCCCCAAAGAUUUCCAGAGGAUAUGAACUGAAGCAGUUCAAAAAUGAUCUCAAACAUGUGCUACAUCUUGCAGGAAUUGAAGCACAGCAGGUAGUUUUACUUCUUGAGGAUUACCAGUUUGUACAUCCUACAUUUUUGGAGAUGAUCAAUAGCCUUUUGUCCUCAGGUGAAGUUCCUGGACUCUAUACUCUUGAAGAAUUAGAGCCCUUGCUAUUGCCUCUUAAAAAUCAAGCUUCACAGGAUGGUUUUUUUGGACCAGUCUUCAAUUACUUCACAUAUAUUGAUCCUGAUUUUCUAAAAUCAUUUUUAUUAAUCCAUGAGUCUUGUAAAGCACAUGGUGCUACACCAAGCCGAUAUAUGACCUUUUUACAUGUGUAUUCUGCCAUUAGUAACAGCAAGAAAAAGGAAUUACUAAAAAGACAAAGUCAUUUGCAGGCUGGUGUAUCCAAACUAAACGAAGCUAAAGCUCUUGUGGAUGAACUGAACAGAAAAGCUGGAGAACAAAGUAUAUUACUUAAAACUAAGCAAGAUGAAGCAGAUGCUGCCCUUCAAGAGAUUACUGUAUCAAUGCAGCCUCUAGUCAAUGAAGCUAAACUAGCAGUUGGAAACAUCAAGCCAGAAUCUCUUUCAGAAAUUCGCUCAUUACGCAUGCCACCUGAUAUAAUCAGAGACAUUCUUGAAGGAGUUUUAAGGUUGAUGGGUAUCUUUGAUACAUCCUGGGUGAGCAUGAAAAGAUUUCAGAGCAGGACUUCAGAAGCUGCUAAACUUGAAGCUGAAGUAAGCAAAGCACAAGAGACAAUCAAAGCUGCAGAACUCUUAAUUAAUCAGCUUGACAGAGAACACAAGAGAUGGAAUACACAGGUUGCAGAGAUAACAGAGGAGUUAGCUACUCUGCCUAAAAGAGCUCAACUGGCUGCUGCAUUUAUUACAUAUCUUUCUGCUGCUCCUGAGUGUCUGAGAAAAACCUGUUUGGAAGAAUGGACCAAGUCAGCUGGUCUUGAAAGUUUGUAUUUAGAUAGUCACUUUAUCACAGCUCUUGAAUUGGCAGUACGUUUUGGGAAAACCCUUAUCAUACAAGAGAUGGAUGGUGUAGAACCUGUUCUUUAUCCAUUGUUGAGACGAGAUCUGGUUGCACAAGGACCACGUUAUGUGGUACAAAUAGGUGACAAAAUUAUUGACUACAAUGAAGAGUUCCGCCUCUUUCUGUCAACAAGAAACCCGAAUCCCUUUAUUCCACCAGACGCAGCUUCCAUAGUUACUGAGGUUAACUUUACUACAACAAGAAGUGGAUUACAAGGGCAGGUAUAUGUUGACAAAUUAUUGCAUGAAUUUCAAAAUUAUUUUUUAUGUCGAGAUGUUCAGACUUUUGCUUAUACACUUGCCACAUCUCAAGGCAACAUUUUGGAAAAUAAAGAUUUGAUUGAAUCUUUGAAUCAGACAAAAGCAAGCAGUGCACUUAUUCAAGAGUCACUUAAAGAAUCUUACAAACUCCAAAUUUCCCUCGAUAAAGAUUCUGAAAAUACAGAACAGAGAAUCCAGUCUCUUAUCAGCUUAUUAAAACACAUGGUAUAUGAAUAUAUAUGCCGUUGUCUAUUUAAGGUAAGAAGCAUUAUAUUUUUUAAAUAUAAAAUACGGUCAGUUUAUGGAAAAUUACUAAGAGAAAAUGAAUGGGAGACGUUUACAGGUGUGGUUGUUGGAGACAUGUUGCGGAAAGCUAUUGCUCUCCCUAGUCUUUAUCAAACCCUCUGCUUUGAAGAUGUAGCUCUGUGGCGUACUUACUACCAUAAUUCAACGUGUGAGCAAGAGUUUCCAUCUAUUCUUGCAAAGAAAGUUUCCUUAUUUCAGCAGGUUCUUGUAGUGCAGGCUCUAAGACCGGACAGAUUGCAAAGUGCCAUGGCUCUUUUUGCAUGUAAAACUAUGGGACUGAAAGAGUUGUCCCCACUUCCUCUAAAUCUCAAACGUUUGUACAAAGAGACACUAGAAAUUGAACCCAUCUUGAUAAUUAUUUCUCCGGGUGCUGAUCCUUCUCAGGAACUUCAAGAACUUGCUCAUGCUGAAAGAAGUGGAGAGUGUUAUCACCAGGAAUUGAAUACUCUUCAACCUAAAGAUACCUUUCGUCUUUGGCUCACUGCAGAAGUUCAUCCCAACUUUACUCCUAUCUUACUACAGUCAAGUUUGAAAAUAACAUAUGAGUCACCUCCAGGUUUAAAGAAGAAUUUAAUGCGUACUUACGAGUCUUGGACUCCUGAGCAAAUUAACAGAAAAGAUAAUAUACAUCGAGCUCAGGCUCUCUUCAGUUUUGCAUGGUUUCAUGCUGCAUGUCAAGAAAGAAGAAAUUAUAUUCCACAAGGCUGGACCAAGUUUUAUGAGUUUUCUUUAUCAGAUCUUCGGGCUGGGUACAACAUUAUUGACAGACUCUUCGAUGGUACCAAAGAUGUACAGUGGGAAUUUGUGCAUGGUUUACUUGAAAAUGCUAUUUAUGGAGGACGUAUAGAUAACUAUUUUGACCUUAGAGUUCUUCAAUCAUACCUGAAACAAUUUUUUAAUUCUUCAGUAACUGAUGUAUUAAAGCAAAGGAACAAAAACAUUUUUCCAUAUUCCAUAUCUCUACCAAAAUCCUGCAGCAUUUUGAAUUCAAACCUGAUUCAUUAUAAAGUAUCUCCUCCUAAUGAUCGACAAGGAUCUCCAAUAUUAUCAUUCAUCAUUCUUGAACAAUUUAAUGCCAUUCGUUUAGUACAAAGUGUUCAUCAGUCUCUUGCUGCUCUCAGCAAAGUCAUCAGAGGAACUACCUUAUUGAGUUCAGAAGUACAAAAAUUGGCAAGUGCUUUGUUAAACCAAAAGUGUCCUCUCACAUGGCAGAGCAAGUGGGAAGGCCCAGAAGAUCCCUUACAAUACCUUAGAGGUCUUGUAGCCCGUGCCCUUGCAAUACAGAACUGGGUAGAUAAAGCUGAAAAACAGGCUCUUCUCUCUGAUACACUUGAUCUAUCAGAACUGUUCCAUCCAGACACAUUCCUUAAUGCUCUUCGCCAGGAAACUGCAAGGGAAACUUUCACAAUGUCUGGAGCACUUGAUGUCCUGCAAAUGAAGGAGGAGGAUGUCCUCAAAUUCCUUGCAGCAGGAACCCACUUAGGCACCAAUCUUGACUUCCAAAUGGAACAGUACAUCUGCAAAAGGAAAAGUGAUGGCAUCUGCAUCAUAAAUCUGAAGACCUGGAAGAAGCUUCUGUUGGCAGCACAUGCCAUUGCUGCCAUUGAAAACCCUGCUCAAGUCAGUGUCAUAUCCUCCAGGAAUACUGGCCAAGAUCCUGAAGAGAUUGAAAAGGAAGAGCAGGCUGCUGCUGAAAAAGCUGUGACCAGGGAGGAAUUUCAGAGUGAAGGGACUGCUCCAGCUGCUGAGUUUACUGUUACUCAACCUGAGGUUGCAGACUGGUCUGAAGGCGUGCAGGGUGCAUAUGGCCCAUAUUCUCCUGAUGAGUGCAUCUCUUUGCCUGUUUACACGAGUGCUGAAAGGGAUCGUGUGGUAACCAAUAUCGAUGUUCCAUGUGGGGGCAAUCAAGACCAGUGGAUUCAGUGUGGUGCAGCUCUAUUUCUAAAAAAUCAGUAG